AAAAGCUACUUGAAAUAGUUUUUGGAUUUGAAGGUUUUUGUUUAGCAUAAAAGCUAGAAACUUUUUUUGUUUUUUCUUAAAAGCUAAAAGCCAACAUCCUUUUAGUGAAUGAGAGGGAACAUAUGAUUCGGUUGGAAUGGAUAAAGGUGGCAUAGAUGCUUUCUUAGAAAAGGUGAAAUGAAUGACAGAAAAGCAAAGACAUGCGUGCGUACUCAGUUUAAUUCAUGAGUUUGUGACGAAUACAUUCUUUUCAUUGCAUUAAAUAGUCUGUAUAAGGCGUAUAUCAUAAAGACAGAAACAUAAGAUCAUAAUGGAGGAAGUUGAACACGAGCAUGAACUAAAGCUCAUUGAUAUGCAUCUACAAUAUGCAGAUCAACACCUUGAAGAAGAUGAUGAAGUUUUUUUUAUUUUCUGGCGGCAAAUUGGAACUCUAUGUCACAUAUGUAAAGAAGAAAUCAAUUUGCUCCAUAGGUACUACUACAGAUGUAUGGGAGAGAUGUGUACUUUCUCAGUUCACGAAUUCUGUUAUGACCUCCCAAGAAUUUUAGAACACCCAUUACACCCACAUCCCCUUAUCCUAACCGGCAAUCCUUGCGGUCAAAUUUUCGAAAAUAGAUGCAGAAUUUGUCAGACACAUCAUGAGAAUUCAGCCGUACAUUAUCAAUGUUUUUCUUGUUAUGAUUUCUUCGUUUAUGUAAGCUGUGCCCUGAAAAUAGAAAAAAACACCAUCCAUCAUCCUAGCCACCCUCACUUGCUCAUGUCUGCUAUUGCUAAGCACAUUUUGUGCGAGUGUAAUGCUUGUGGGAAAAGACAUGAGGGGGUGUUCUAUCAAUGCACCACUUGUGUUGGCUUCACCAUACACAAGGAUUGUGCUAAGCUACCAAGAAAUUUGCUCAUCCAAGAGAGAACAGAUGGUGCCUUUUAUCAUUUUCAUCCACUCACCCUUUCAUAUUCCUUCCCGGAAAAAGAUCAAAAAGCCAAACAUCAUCCUAGAUGCAGAGUAUGCACUAAUGGUUUUUAUGAUAUGGAGAAUCUUUGGAUUUACAAAUGUGAUGUCUGCAUGUAUUAUGCCCAUCUGGAUUGCGCAACAUCAAGAGGAGAGCCAUUCAUGUCUAUCUUCUCGCCUGCUGGCUCGGGCAAAUCAAUUAAAAAUUAUGAAGAUGUUGACCAUCCUCACCUUCUUCAUCUCCCAUUCCCUGAUGAAUCUUAUAGCCUACCAAAACACUUGUUUUUCAAAGAAAGUGGAACAUUCGUAAUUGAUAAGGUAAACUUACAACACAUAAGUCAUCCACACCCUCUAAUUCUAGUUGAUGGGCAAACCUCCUCCUCAAAGAUUAAGGAUUCUUUGUUACUAAUGUGUCAUAACCCAAUGAAAAAGACCCAAUUGCUAUGCAAUGGAUGUCUCAGACCAAUCACGUCCACCAUGCCUUUUUACAAAUGCCCUCACCAGAGUUGCAACAACUUUGCUCUCCAUGAGUGGUGUACUCGACUUCCUCAAAAAAUAGAAAACCACCCGGGUCACCCACAACACACCCUCCAUCUCAUGUAUUCACACGUCCUUCCUCACUUUUUCGGUGUGUUCCUUUGUGAUGUUUGUAAUGUACCUUGCAAUGGAUUUUCCUAUUGUUGUGUCGAAUGUGAAUACUAUGUUGAUGUUGGUUGUGGGCUUAUACCUCAACAAAUCACACAUAAAGCUCAUCCGGAUCACCUUCUUUCAAUAGUCCGAAAAUCUUUUUUUCAUAAAUCUUGUCAUAUAUGCCUCCUACCUAAUAAAUGGAGCAGUUUUAUUUUCAGUAUUAGAGGUUUUCGUCAAAAAGAUCCAGUUUUCUUCAGCUGCAACAUUUGUGAUGUAUAUAUACAUCCAGAAUGUGCUUUGUUAUUAUCCGAGAAAAUCAUGCACAAGUGUGACAAGCAUCUUAUGCACCUAAGUUACCUUCCGAUUGAGAAUCAUAAGAGCGAAUACUUUUGUGAAAUAUGUGAGGAGGAUUUGAAUCCUCAUGAAUCUUUCUAUCAUUGUCAUGAUUGUGUUCAAUCUAUACAUACUGCUUGUGCUCCGUUGAUACUUCAUUGCGAGACAAAUACAUAUACAUGGGAGCAAAGAAGCAUUUAUUAUUACGUGAAUAUUAAGUUUGGGGGGAAUUAUAACACUGAUGCUCACCCACAUCCUCUCUCAUUUUCUCAAGGUAUUAUGUCAGAUGGUGAAUGUAAAAUCUGUCGCAAGAAAUUACACUGCCAAAUGAUCUUUAAAUGUCAGGAGUGUGAGUUUGCACUAGAUUACAAGUGUUGUCGGAGUUUAUGAUUUCUCUCUUUGUAAUUGUGACUACUCUUUGUUACAUAUCCCCCCCUUAUUUUAUGUGUAAAUAAUACAAUAAAAACGUGGCUUUCGUGUGUGCA